AGGUGGCCAGCCUGAGUCGCGGCUCCCAGACGGGCUCUCCGGGUCCCUCUCUCCGAGAGCCAGGCGGGCACGCGUCAUUGUGUUACCUGCAGCCGGCCGGCGAGCUAGGCUCAGGUUUUUUUUUUUUUUCCCCUCCCUCCCCCGCGUUCCAUGCAGCUGAUCUGAAAGGGAAUAAAAGGCUGCGCAUAAUCAUAAUAAUAAAAGAAGGGGAGCGCGAGAGAAGGAAAGAAAGCCGAGAGGUGGAAGAGGAGGGGGAGCGCCUCAAAGAAGCAAUCAGAAUAAUAAAAGGAGGCCAGCCUCUUUGCCUUCUGGAACGCGCUGUUCUUGAAAGGGCUUUUGAAAAGUGGUGUUGUUUUCCAGUCGUGCAUGCUCCAAUCCACGGAGUAUAUUAGAGCCGGGACGCGGCGGCCGCGGGGGCAGCGGCGACGGCAGCCUCGGCGGGAGCACCAGCGCUAGCAGCGGCGGCGGCGUCCGGAGUGCCCGCGGCGGGCGGCGCAGCGAUGCGGUCCCCACGGACGCGCGGCCGGCCCGGGCGCCCCCUGAGCCUUCUGCUCGCCCUGCUCUGUGCCCUGCGAGCCAAGGUGUGCGGGGCCUCGGGUCAGUUUGAGCUGGAGAUCCUGUCCAUGCAGAACGUGAACGGAGAACUGCAGAAUGGGAACUGCUGCGGCGGCGCCCGGAACCCCGGCGACCGCAAGUGCAUCCGCGACGAGUGUGACACGUACUUCAAAGUGUGCCUCAAGGAGUAUCAGUCCCGCGUCACAGCCGGCGGACCCUGCAGCUUCGGCUCAGGGUCCACUCCUGUCAUUGGAGGCAACACCUUCAAUCUCAAGGCCAGCCGUGGCAACGACCGUAAUCGCAUCGUGCUGCCUUUCAGUUUCGCCUGGCCGAGGUCCUACACUUUGCUGGUGGAGGCAUGGGAUUCCAGUAACGACACUGUUCAACCUGAUAGCAUAAUUGAAAAGGCCUCUCACUCAGGCAUGAUAAACCCCAGCCGGCAAUGGCAGACACUGAAACAAAAUACGGGGAUUGCCCACUUUGAGUAUCAGAUCCGAGUGACCUGUGAUGACCACUACUAUGGCUUUGGCUGCAAUAAGUUCUGUCGGCCUAGAGAUGACUUCUUUGGACACUAUGCCUGUGACCAGAAUGGCAACAAGACCUGCAUGGAAGGCUGGAUGGGUCCUGAGUGUAACAAAGCUAUCUGCCGACAGGGCUGCAGUCCCAAGCAUGGUUCUUGCAAGCUCCCCGGUGACUGCAGGUGCCAGUAUGGUUGGCAGGGCCUGUACUGCGAUAAGUGCAUCCCGCACCCGGGAUGUGUCCAUGGCACAUGCAAUGAACCCUGGCAGUGCCUCUGUGAGACCAACUGGGGUGGACAGCUCUGCGACAAAGAUCUGAAUUACUGUGGAACUCAUCAGCCCUGUCUCAACCGGGGAACUUGUAGCAACACUGGUCCUGACAAAUACCAAUGUUCCUGCCCUGAGGGCUACUCAGGACCCAACUGUGAAAUUGCUGAGCACGCUUGCCUCUCGGACCCCUGCCACAACAGAGGCAGCUGCAAGGAGACCGCCUUGGGUUUUGAGUGUGAGUGCUCUCCAGGCUGGACUGGGCCCACCUGUUCCACAAACAUUGAUGACUGUUCUCCAAAUAACUGUUCCCAUGGGGGCACCUGCCAGGAUCUGGUGAAUGGAUUCAAGUGUGUAUGCCCGCCCCAGUGGACUGGCAAGACAUGUCAGUUAGAUGCAAAUGAAUGUGAGGCCAAACCUUGUGUAAAUGCCAGAUCCUGUAAGAAUCUGAUUGCCAGCUACUACUGUGAUUGCCUGCCUGGCUGGAUGGGUCAGAAUUGUGACAUAAAUAUUAAUGACUGCCUUGGCCAGUGUCAGAAUGACGCCUCCUGUCGGGAUUUGGUUAAUGGCUAUCGCUGCAUCUGUCCACCUGGCUAUGCAGGCGAUCACUGUGAAAGAGACAUUGACGAAUGUGCUAGCAACCCCUGUUUGAAUGGGGGCCACUGUCAGAACGAAAUCAACAGAUUCCAGUGCCUGUGUCCCACCGGUUUCUCUGGAAACCUCUGUCAGCUGGACGUUGAUUACUGCGAGCCCAACCCUUGCCAGAACGGUGCCCAAUGCUACAAUCGUGCCAGUGACUACUUCUGCAAGUGCCCGGAGGACUAUGAGGGCAAGAACUGCUCACACCUGAAAGACCACUGUCGCACGACCCCUUGUGAAGUGAUUGACAGCUGCACUGUGGCCAUGGCCGCCAACGAUACGCCUGAAGGGGUGCGGUAUAUCUCCUCUAACGUCUGUGGUCCCCAUGGGAAGUGCAAGAGCCAGUCGGGAGGCAAAUUCACCUGCGACUGUAACAAAGGCUUCACCGGCACCUACUGCCAUGAAAAUAUUAACGACUGUGAGAGCAACCCUUGUAAAAAUGGUGGCACUUGCAUCGAUGGCGUUAACUCCUACAAGUGUAUCUGCAGUGACGGCUGGGAGGGGGCCUUCUGUGAAACCAACAUAAAUGAUUGCAGCCAGAACCCCUGUCACAAUGGGGGUACAUGUCGAGACCUGGUCAAUGACUUUUACUGUGACUGCAAAAAUGGAUGGAAAGGAAAGACUUGCCAUUCCCGUGACAGCCAGUGUGACGAGGCCACAUGCAACAAUGGCGGUACCUGCUAUGAUGAAGGGGAUGCAUUUAAGUGCAUGUGUCCUGGUGGCUGGGAAGGAACAACCUGCAACAUAGCCAGAAACAGUAGCUGCCUGCCAAGCCCCUGUCAUAAUGGAGGCACCUGUGUGGUCAACGGCGAGUCCUUCACUUGUGUCUGCAAAGAAGGCUGGGAGGGACCUAUUUGUACUCAAAAUACCAAUGACUGCAGUCCUCAUCCUUGUUACAACAGCGGGACCUGCGUGGAUGGAGACAACUGGUAUCGGUGUGAAUGUGCCCCGGGUUUUGCUGGGCCGGACUGCAGGAUAAACAUCAAUGAAUGCCAGUCUUCCCCUUGUGCCUUUGGGGCCACCUGUGUGGAUGAGAUCAAUGGCUACCAGUGCAUCUGCCCUCCGGGACACAGUGGUGCCAAAUGCCAUGAAGUUUCAGGGAGAUCUUGCAUCACCAUGGGGAGAGUGAUACUUGAUGGGACCAGGUGGGAUGAUGACUGUAACACCUGUCAGUGCCUGAAUGGACGGAUCGCCUGCUCCAAGGUCUGGUGUGGCCCUAGACCUUGCCGGCUCCACAAAGGGCACAGCGAAUGCCCCAGUGGUCAGAGCUGCAUUCCAGUCCUUGAUGACCAGUGCUUUGUGCACCCCUGUACUGGUGUGGGCGAAUGCCGAUCCUCCAGUCUCCAGCCAGUGAGGACCAAGUGCACGUCAGACUCCUAUUACCAGGAUAACUGUGCAAACAUCACUUUCACUUUCAACAAAGAGAUGAUGUCUCCGGGUCUUACCACCGAGCACAUUUGCAGUGAAUUGAGGAAUCUGAAUAUUCUGAAGAAUGUUUCUGCUGAAUAUUCAAUCUACAUAGCCUGUGAGCCUUCUCUGACAGCAAACAAUGAAAUACAUGUGGCCAUUUCGGCGGAAGACAUCCGGGAUGAUGGGAAUCCUAUCAAGGAAAUUACUGAUAAAAUAAUAGAUCUUGUUAGUAAACGUGAUGGAAACAGCUCACUUAUUGCUGCUGUUGCAGAAGUCAGAGUUCAGAGGCGUCCUAUGAAAAACAGAACAGAUUUCCUGGUUCCUCUGCUGAGCUCUGUCUUAACAGUGGCUUGGGUCUGUUGCUUGGUGACAGCCUUCUAUUGGUGUGUUCGGAAGCGGCGGAAGCCCAACAGCCACACUCAUUCUGCCUCCGAGGACAACACCACCAACAACGUGCGGGAACAGCUGAACCAGAUCAAAAACCCCAUUGAGAAACAUGGAGCCAACACAGUCCCCAUUAAGGAUUACGAGAACAAAAACUCCAAAAUGUCCAAAAUAAGGACACACAACUCCGAAGUGGAGGAGGAUGACAUGGAUAAACACCAGCAGAAAGUCAGGUUUGCCAAACAGCCAGUGUACACACUGGUAGACAGGGAGGAGAAGGCCCCCAGCGGCACACCAACAAAACACCCGAACUGGACAAACAAACAGGACAACAGAGACUUGGAAAGUGCCCAGAGCUUGAACCGGAUGGAGUACAUCGUAUAGCAGACAGUGGGCUGCCACCAUAGGUAGAGUCUGAGGGCACCCCGGGGCUUGUAGUUUCUUUAAACUGUUGUCGUAUUCCAGUCUGAGGCUGUUGACGUAGAAUCCUGUGUUAAUUUAAGUUUCGACAAGCUGGCUUCCACUGGCACUGGUAGUUUCUGUGGUUGGCUGGGAAAUCGAGUGCAGCGCUCACGCUAUGCAAAAACUAGUGAAUGUGCCUGCGUGUACAUUCCCCUGCAGCCGACAGACACAUCGGGGCUCCCAGGAGCUGCCCAGCCCUAGCCAGGAGCUUCCACUUGUGCCAGCGGUCCUAAUGGUGACGCAGCAUUAGGAUCAUAGUUCUAUUUAUAUUUAUUGACUCUUGAGUUGUUUUUGUAUAUUGGUUUUAUGAUGACGUACAAGUAGUUCUGUAUUUGAAAGUGCCUUUUUGCAAGCUCAGAACCACAGCAACUAUCACAAAUGACUUUAUUAUUUAUUUUUUUUAUUGUAUUUUUGUUGUUGGGGGAGGGGGGCUUUGAUGUCAGCAGUUGCUGGUAAAAUGAAGAAUUUAAAGAGGAAAAAAUGUGUCAAAAGUAGAAUUUUUGUAUAGUUAUGUAAAUAAUUUUUUUUAUUAAUCACUGUGUAUAUUUGAUUUAUUAACUUAAUAAUCAAGAGCCUUAAACCAUCAUUCCUUUUUAUUUAUACGCAAUGUGUUUAGAACUGAAGGUUUUUGAUAGUGUUGUAAGAAUAUGACUUUUUUUUUCCUUUUUGGUGAACUUUUCUCAUUACAUGUUGCCUGUAAGCCAAAAUUAAGGUGUUUUGGAAUAGUAGUUUCUCUUGAAAGGAUAAGAUAGGCUUCUUCACCUGGGAAUACUGAUGGAAUUUUUUCUUUCCGAUGUCAGGUGUUCAAACACUUCCUUUAGAGCAUCACUUUAAGACGCGUUUUAAGGACUGACUGGGGCAGAUUGAGAAUUAGUCUAGAACAGGUUUUUUUUUCUUUGUUCUUUUUUUUUUUUUUUUUUUUUUCCUGCUUUAGACUUGAAAAGAGACAGGCAGGUAAUCUGCUACCGAGCAGUUUAAGGGAACGAGCUGAGCUAUGACUUGCUGUAGCCAGAAUGUGAGUGGUUGAAUCUCAUUCAAAAUAUCAAAUUAAUUGUGUGAAGGCGGAAGCACACCAAUCUUACUUUGUAAAUUCUGAUUCCUUUUCACCAUUCGUAUGUAACGCUGAACCACUUGUAGAUUUGAUCUCGUUGUUGUCUACUGCAUUUAGGGAGUAUUCUAAUAAGCUAGUUGAAUACUUGAACCAUAAAAUGUCCAGUUAGAUCACUGUUUAGAUUUACCAUAGAGUACACUGCCUGCCUUAAGUGAGGAUAUCAAAGUGCUAUUACCAAGUUCAAGAUCAAAAAGGCUUAUAAGACAGAGUAAUCCUGGUUCACUGUUGAGACUGGGAAGAUACUUUGUAUUGUCCUAUUAGUGUUAUAUGAACAUAAAAAAUGCAUCUCUGAUGUGUUGUUCCUGGCAAUAAAUUUUGAAAAGUAAUAUUUAUUAAAUUUUUUGUAUGAAAACAUGGAACAGUGUGGCCUCUUCUGAGCUUAUGUAGUUCUUACUGGCUUUUCCAUCCCACUGUUUGGUGCUGGUCAUUCAGUCUGAUGGAGCAUCUGGAAGGGGCCAGGGUGACGCACUUUUAGAGGCUUUCAAACAGCAAAGCUUAUCUGAGUUCUUAAAAAGAAAAUCUUGGGGCUGCUGUGAAGGCGGGAGCUGUGGGAUCCCUCGAUUCCCUGGUUAUUUGACAAGUGUGAAUACUGCUUGAAUAAAUACCACUGGAUUAAUGG